CCACUCCAGGGGAGGCGGGUGGGAGUCAGGGUGCAGUCUGGGAGAGAGAGGGGGAGCGGGAAGAGGUGGGAGGAAAGUGGGGCAGGCAGGGAGAGGGAAGGUGGCUUUGUUUGCUUUAGCAGGAGACUAUAUCCUAUUUGAAAGUGGUAGGAAGGAAGGGGGUGACAUCCUGGCCAGUGGAGGGCCAUGGGAAAUGGGGGGGGAGGUCCCCCAGAGAUAAGACACAUGGAUGAAAAGCCUUGCAGGCACAACCUGCUCCUUCCAGGAACAGCCUCUGAUCCCAGCUCAGAUGGCAUCUCUGCUCUCCUGGCUGGGGGCUCCCUGGGGACCCAGCACCUCCUGCUAUGAGAAUAAACCCCAAGAAUGCUGUCCUCCUCAGACCACAGUGAUGCUUUUACUUGUCUCUCCAUGGUAGAAGUGAAAACUUGGGGUCAUCUUUUGGACCCAAUAUUUCUUCUUCAUCUGAAACAGUGCCCCGGGCAGGGGAGCCCUGGUAACCCCAGCUGGAGGGAAGAAUGCUCACUCUGCUGCUACUCAUAAUGUACAUGGCCUGGGAAAGCAUCGUGCUCAACUUGUGUGAGCCAGAAGAAAUGCGCCUUGAUUUUUGGUGACCAGGGACAAAGUGACUAGGAUACGGCCCUGCUGAUGGCCAAGUGGCCACGGAGACUUCUGAAGAAAGGACAUCUAAGCUGCUUCCCUAAAGGAUAGUACAAGGCACCAGAAAGGUUCUCCAGACAGAAACACAUGAUGGAAACAAACAACCUCGCACCUCCUGUUUCCAAAGCUGAAUUACCACUCCUUCCAAAAUAAGUACAUAGCCAAUUUCAAAUUUCCAAAAUGUGUUUACAACGUGGUUCUUUAAAUGAUCCAGAAUAAACUGUGGCAUUUCAAACAAAAAGGGUACAUUGCUGUAAUCCCUAAAAGCAUCAGAAGAAUUUUUCAUGGCUUGGUUUAUAUUAUCGAUUAUAUACUUCCAAAUGAUAGUAUAUCUCAUGCACUGAGAAUCCCCAAGCUAUAGGCUGGUUGAAAAUAUCUUUUCACAUAAUUGAAUAUUUACACACACGUGUAUUUAAACAUAGUCCCCAGCUAUCCAAUUUCUUUGCUUUUCAUGAAUACGAAGCUGAGAUUCAAAUGUUUACUUUUUAUAUUCCAAGUACAUAUUUGGGUAGUGACACUUCACAGAAGACAGAAGGCUGACCAUACCAUGUUCAUUUGACAACCUUGUCCCUCACUACACACCUGAUGCCCCCCACACCAGCCCCUGAGAGCCCAGGAAACAGUCAGGGAGGCCUGCUGUGCUGUGACUUAUGUCUUCAUCUGGGCCAUCAUGUAGGCAUCCAGGCCCUCUGCCCACAACUGAAGAUGGCCCUGCUCUCUCCCUGUCCCCACUGGAGAAGACCCUGCUCUCUUCCUCUCCCCCACUGGAGAUGGCCCUGCUCUCUUCCUGUCCCCAACCGGAGAUGACCCUACUCUCUUCCUGUCCUGAACCAGAGAUGACCCUGCUCUCUUCCUGUCCCCCACUGGAGAUGGCCCUGCUCUCUUCCUGUCCCCCACUGGAGAUGGCCCUGCUCUCUUCCUGUCCCCAACCAGAGAUGACCCUGCUCUCUUCCUGUCCCCCACUGGAGAUGACCCUGCUCUCUUCCUGUCCCCCACUGGAGAUGGCCCUGCUCUCUUCCUGUCCCCCACUGGAGAUGGCCCUGCUCUCUUCCUCUCCCCCACUGGAGAUGGCCCUGCUCUCUUCCUGUCCCCCACUGGAGAUGACCCUGCUCUCUUCCUGUCCCCCACUGGAGAUGGCCCUGCUCUCUUCCUCUCCCCCACUGGAGAUGGCCCUGCUCUCUUCCUCUCCCCCACUGGAGAUGGCCCUGCUCUCUUCCUGUCCCCAACCGGAGAUGACCCUGCUCUCUUCCUGUCCCCCACUGGAGAUGGCCCUGCUCUCUUCCUGUCCCCCACUGGAGAUGACCCUGCUCUCUUCCUGUCCCCCACUGGAGAUGACCCUGCUCUCUUCCUGUCCCCCACUGGAGAUGGCCCUGCUCUCUUCCUCUCCCCCACUGGAGAUGGCCCUGCUCUCUUCCUCUCCCCCACUGGAGAUGGCCCUGCUCUCUUCCUGUCCCCAACCGGAGAUGACCCUGCUCUCUUCCUGUCCCCCACUGGAGAUGGCCCUGCUCUCUUCCUGUCCCCCACUGGAGAUGACCCUGCUCUCUUCCUGUCCCCCACUGGAGAUGACCCUGCUCUCUUCCUCUCCCCCACUGGAGAUGGCCCUGCUCUCUUCCUGUCCCCAACCGGAGAGGACCCUGCUCUCUCCCUGUCCCCCACAGGAGAUGGCCCUGCUCUCUCCCCGUCCCCCACCGGAGAUGGCCCUGCUCUCUCCCCGUCCCCCACCGGAGAGGACCCUGCUCUCUUCCUCUCCCCCACCGGAGAUGGCCCUGCUCUCUCCCCGUCCCCCACCGGAGAUGGCCCUGCUCUCUCCCCGUCCCCCACCAGAGAUGGCCCUGCUCUCUCCUCGUCCCCCACCGGAGAGGACCCUGCUCUCUUCCUGUCCCCCACAGGAGAUGGCCCUGUUCUCUCCCCGUCCCCCACCGGAGAUGGCCCUGCUCUCUCCCCGUCCCCCACCGGAGAUGGCCCUGCUCUCUCCCCGUCCCCCACCGGAGAUGGCCCUGCUCUCUCCCCGUCCCCCACCGGAGAGGACCCUGCUCUCUUCCUGUCCCCCACAGGAGAUGGCCCUGCUCUCUCCCCGUCCCCCACCAGAGAUGGCCCUGCUCUCUCCCCGUCCCCCACCGGAGAUGGCCCUGCUCUCUCCCCGUCCCCCACCGGAGAUGGCCCUGCUCUCUCCCCGUCCCCCACUGGAGAUGGUCCUGCUCUAA